AUGCAUGUUAUGAAUUGUGUCUCCCUGGCCAACGAUAAAGAAAAUGGGACUCUUGCCACGGCAGCUGCAUUCAUGACUGGGCAGACAUCACCUUCUGCAUCUCCUCCGCCUCCUCCUCCACCGCCUCCACCUCCACCUUGCCCACAUUCAGGGGAGGGCUUCCCCCCCUCCCCACCUCCUCCUCUUCCACCCCCACUUCCUGGGGGACCUCUCAUCCCCCCUCCUCCUCCUCCCGGACUACCCCCGGUUGCUCACGUGAAUGGCUACAGCUCCCUGGGUAAGAAGAAACGGAUGCGAAGCUUUUUCUGGAAAACCAUUCCAGAGGAGCAAGUUCGUGGCAAGACCAACAUCUGGACCUUAGCAGCCAAGCAGCAGCACCACUACCAGAUCGACAAGAAGACCAUUGAGGAGCUUUUUGGGCAGCAAGAAGAUACCUCCAAGGCUUCUCUCCCCAGGAGAGGAGGAUCUUUGAAUUCAUCCUUCAGGGAUGCCCGGGAAGAGGUUAACGUCUUGGAUGCAAAGCGAAGUAUGAACAUUGGGAUAUUUCUUAAGCAGUUUAAAAAGUCUCCUCAGUCCAUCGUUGAAGACAUCCACCAAGGGAAGAGUGAGCAUUACGGGUCAGAGACACUUCGAGAAAUCCUUAAGCUUCUGCCAGAGUCUGAGGAGGUUAAGAAGUUAAAGACAUUUAACGGCGAUGUGUCCAAGCUUUCUCUGGCAGAUUCCUUUCUGUACGGCUUGAUUCAGGUGCCAAACUAUUCACUUCGGAUUGAAGCCAUGGUGCUAAAAAAGGAAUUCUUGCCUUCUUGCUCCUCUCUGUACCAAGACAUAACAGUCCUAAGAACGGCUACACAAGAGCUGAUGUCGUGUGAGGAGCUACAUUCUAUAUUACACUUGGUGCUCCAGGCCGGGAAUAUCAUGAAUGCCGGAGGGUAUGCUGGCAAUGCUGUAGGAUUUAAACUGUCUUCUUUACUCAAAUUGGCGGACACAAGAGCAAACAAGCCUGGGAUGAACCUUCUGCAUUUUGUUGCUCAGGAAGCACAGAAGCAAGAUGCCAUCCUUCUACACUUUUCUGAGAAGCUGCAGCACGUGCAGGAGACGUCGAGGUUAUCUCUGGAUGUCACUGAGGCGGAGCUACACUCGCUCUUUGUCAGGACAAAAUCGCUUCAGGAAAACAUCCAGCGGGACCAGGAGCUGGCUCGGCAGAUGGAAGACUUCCUCCAGUUUGCUGUGGAAAAGUUGUCAGAGCUGGAACUCUGGAACCAGGAGCUGCAGGGCGAGGCUCACACCCUCAUUGAUUUUUUCUGUGAAGACAAAGAGACGAUGAAACUGGAUGAAUGCUUCCAGAUCUUCAGAGAUUUCUGUACCAGGUUCAACAAAGCCGUGAAGGACAACCAUGACCGGGAGGAACAGGAGCGGAAACAGUUACAGAGGCUGAAGGAGCUAGAGCAGAAGCGACAUUCCUGGACGACUGGGGAGCUCGGGGGCUUUGGCAGGAGCAGCAGUGAGAACGAUGUGGAGAUGCUAGCUAAGAAGGGCACAGAAGACCUGCCGUCCUUUCUGAAGCCCAGGCCCACCAGCCCCUCCUACCGGCCCCCCAACACCCGCCGCUCUCGCCUCUCCCUGGGCAUCUCUGCUGACCGCGAGCUUUUGACCUUCUUGGAGAGUGCCACUAGCAGUCCAGAGGACCCCAACAAAUUCAACAGCUUACCCCGAAGCAGUCCCAGACAGGCCCGACCCACCAUCGCCUGGAUGGAGCCCGGCGAACAGCAGAACCAUGACCCUAACAUUGCACAUGAACCUCAGGCCUCAAAGAAGCAGGAGACAACCCCAUGCUUGGCUUGGCAAAGUCAGCUUCCAACACCCCAGCUGGAGGAGCCAGCAGCCCCUUUCCCACCGACUGGACGGGGCAGGACGAGUACCCUCCGGAAAAGGAACAGUGAACCUGUGGGCUUGGGUCCCACAAAAACCCCUCCUCUCUUACCAUUGGAUCUGGGCAUUAGGGAGCAUGAAUUGGUCACGGGGUUGGCGCAGUUUGACCUCCAGAGUCCCAAGGGCCUGGAGGAAGCAUCCCAACCAACUCUAAAGGACUUUUGUCCCACAGAGCUGCUGUCUCCAGGGCAUCAGAGCUCACAGUCCCUUGAAGCUGGUGGUGACAGCCUCACACCCAAGGACACAGGUACCCAGGAGGGUCUCAGCCCUGCUGGGGAGGAUGACGGGGCUGUCUCUGAUGAACCCAGCAGUGAGGCUCUUGUGUCUGUGGUUGUCACUGACACCGAAGGUAAGGAUCCCGGGCCUCCGCUCUAUGUCUCGGAUACCACAGACUGCUCACUGACUCUGGACUGCUCAGAGGGAGCCGACUCCAAACCAGGAGGAGAAGAGCAAGGGGAAGAGAGAGAAGGUGCUGGCUCAGUGUCCUCUGGAGCUGGAGAGGCAGGCAGCAGCCAGACCUUCUCCAACCCUGCUUCCAGUCCCCCUGGGGAGGUACCUGCUCCCGACUCCAGUAAGAGUGAGCCCAGCUGCCAGGGUGGCCUUCCUAAGGACAGACUCAGCAAAGGAAAGGAUACCUUGGCACUAAAGAGAAAUCCCCUCAAAGAGCCAUCCCCAGGGGCCUCAAAGCCAAUCAGCGCCCGGCGCAGCCAAGGGGCAGCGCCCAAGCCCGUGAGAACCUUGAACUCCUCUGAGAAUGAGCACAUGCGCAAAGUGGUGCCCAUCUCCAAGUCCAGCAGGGGAGCAGGGCCCUGGAAGCGUCCGGAGCCGACAUCCAGGGCCUCCCCUCGGGAGACACCCAGCAGCACAGACACUCUGCUAUCUCGAAGGAGCUCAGUACGGGGGACCUCUGACACUUCGCCCAGGAGGCCCCACGUGAGUGGGCCUGGGGCAGAGGAGCCCAGGUUGCCCCGCUCGAGUGGCAGCAUGAGUGGGCGGCCAGGGAAGGAGGCCUUGGGACAGCCCAGGGCCUCGUUCAGGAAGCCUAGCGCCAAGCCCCUCAGAAACAUCCCCAGACAGAAACCCGAAGAAAACAAGGUCAACAGCCCCAACUCACAAGACUCUGAAAGCCCCAAGGAAGAGCCCAAAGCGCCUCAGGCUCCAGGUGUCUCUAGAGCCCCUCCUCCCGUCCCAAGCUUUGCUCGAAAUACCGUGGCCUCCUCAUCCCGGUGCAUGCGAACAGAUGCUCCACCUGUGCCCAGAGCCCCCGGCAUCACCAGGACAGUUUCUCAGCGGCAGCUUAGGGUCAAAGGUGGCCCCGAGGAUUCUGCCUCCAAGGACAGCGGCACUUUGAAGAGGGCCAGUAGUGCCAGGACCUCCAAGAAAUGUCCUGAAUCUCCUGGGGGCUCAGGUGCCAACGCAGAAACCCCACUGAAGGGCAGAGGGACCGGGGAAAGAUCCUCUCUCAGACUGAAGGACUCAGGGCGGGCCACCCUAGGGAGGAUCCUCCGUCCCCUGCAGAAGUGAUGGGGCCUGUCUACAUCUCUGCCUUCUGGGAUUUUA